GCAGUGUUUUAGUUUAACUGUUGUUUCUCUAUUUUUCUUUUCAGUCUGUCCGGUGAUUUUAGUCUCUUCAGUGCUGUGGAUCCGCUCUUCAGUAGAAACAAUACUGAUAACUUUUAAUUGUUCCUCAAGUGAUGCUGUAAGGAUAUAUUGACCAUAUACUUUUUCAAGCAGGAAAUAACCAUCUAUACGUGACAUCCCUCAACGUCAAAUACGAUUAAAUUAGACUUUAUGGAGGGACAAACUACAAACUCGUUUUACUAAUGGGCUCCAACUCCCGGAUAUCAGUUUCCGCUUUGGGUCGCGAUGUGACGGUCGGAGACCUUUACAACUACUACACAGAUGACAUUUUAAAAAGUGGUAUUCCAGUGCCUAGCGAGUGCAUCCGCAUCGAGCAAAAAUUAAUUCCCGAAACGGAGCGCUACUUUUUCUUCAAUCAACCCGCCAAAUUCAAACCUUCUUUACUUGGAAUUAAUUCCCAUUUGAAGCAAAGCAUUGACCAAGGGUCAGUGGACUUGAAUCUCCUCUGGUUCGCCGAUUUCCUUAGGCCAUGUCAGACGGAAGACGACGAGAAUGAGGCGCUAGUCACAGUGUUCUUCCGUGUCGUUCGGCGGACCGAAAGUCUAGAUCAACAGUUUCUCGACUCGAAAAUGUACGACUAUCAGGUGGAGAGCGGUGGCUGGGCGACCCAUUUGGUUGAACAAGUCGUCUACGGAGCCGAGCUGAUUUGCUGCAUGCGCAGAUCCGUCGAUUGGCGUCGAGAAACCAAGGACAGCGCCGAAGAAAAUAUCUACCUGGUAGCCAAAGCUUAUUUUGAUUAUAUUAUCGGAACGAAAACGACAAUUAUUACCGACCCACCAGUUGAACUGGAAAAAGUGUCUUGUAGAAUUCUCAGCAGCCUGGAAGACGUCCACAUGACCGACAGUUCGUUCCGCCAAUCCUGCGAAUUCCUGAGAGACAUCAUCAAUUUCAAAGAGGAUAAUCAACCCGCCAAAAUAUGGCGUCCCAUCUACAUCGUCCGGCGCCAGAUACCCAAGCAAAUUGAAACUCGAAUCGUUUUGGACAGGAUAAUCGACAAAAGACUAAAAAUUGAACGGAAGCUGCACUGGAUCACGAAGGAGAGUUACCGGAUAUCGAAACAUCCGUUUCUCAAUCGAAUCCCUCCGCUGGAAAGAGCCAUGUUCCAGUUCCUCAAUUUGCUGGAACCCGUUCGCAACGAGAUCAAACAAUUCGACGUGAAUCACAUCGCGAAGAAGUGCGUGGAAGACCUGAUCGCCAAAGACAAGAUUUCCAACGACAUGAAAACGAUUUCAGACUGCGCUCUGUUAUCCGAUAUGGUCAGCUGGCUGAUCCAGCGUCGAAGCGAGAUCGACGCCAUUUAUUUGCUGUUGAAGGGCAACCAGAUGGAUAUGUUUGACAUUGCCGAGAUCGAGUCUCGGCCUCCGUCGAGCAGCGAGAAACGCGCCAGAGUUUUCGUCUUGAAAGUUGACUACACCCCAGAUCCCCUGAUGGAGCGCAUCCAGAAUUUCAUUGGUAACCUGGAACCGGUUAUCAAACUCCCCGUGUUUUCGGCCAUCACGUCGGGCAAGGAAAGACAGGGAGUAAUUGGCAAGGCCUUUCAUGGAUUCUCUGAAGAAGCUCGAUGGUGUUCAAAUGAAAAUAACAGUUACCAGAUAGGACUGGUUUCGGCUUGCUCACCUUUGGCUGACGCAACCAUCAAGACUUUUCUGUAUCCAGCCAUUAAAAAAUCUCAACUGUGUCUGCCAGCUGCUCAGUCCAGUCCGAUUGAAACGCAGAAAGCCAGCAGCAGCAACCCAGAAAGUCAAACUGAUGAGCAGCCAAUCCGCCCGGCACCCGUCAACAAUUUCUUGCGUCAAUCCAAUUCGCCUUUUACCCACAGGAAGAAACUCAGCUGUGUCCCGAAUGAAAUAAGUCAACAAUCUAACGAAAAAGUAGCUAAUUUUCUACUGAAAAGUAUCACGAUGAUUUCCUCUGAUAUUUUCUAUGAUGAGAACGACGGAUGAGGCAAAUGUCUAAUGCCGUCCGUUUCGAUUUGACUAUACGACAGGCUAAUAACAAUGGGGACGACGCUAUUAUGGAUGAUGAAGAGGAAUUCUUUUUAAAUUCAAUCACUCAAUUCCAAUCGAAACGCAUGGACGAUCAGCGUUGCUCGCUGGCCAUCGUCGAUAACAACCGACAAACCAGAAUGUCUAAUGUCGAUCUGUAUAAAAUGGUCCAUUUUGAUUCCAGACACUAAAUGCGGCAUGGGUGGCAAACUAACACGGUGGUAAAUGUUCUUGUCAAUUUUUCUUUGCUAAAAUUCGUGAAACACUGAAAUAUUUCUCAAUAAAUAUUGAACAACUAAAUUUAAAAAUUAACUGCAUUC